AAUGGGUUCUUUCUUCUUCUUCUUCAUGUUGUCAUGGGUUUUAGGAGGGUUCUUCUUCAGUUGCAGAGCUGCAAGCAUCUCUCUGCAACUCAACGAUGAUGUUUUGGGUCUCAUAGUCUUCAAAGCCGGCAUUCAAGACCCAACCUCUUCUCUCUCUUCAUGGAGUGAAGAUGAUGACUCCCCAUGUCACUGGAACUUCGUACAAUGCGACCGGAACAGUGGUCGAGUCACCGAGGUUUCUCUUGAUGGAUUAAGUUUAUCAGGAAAGAUCGGUAGGGGUCUCGAAAAGUUGCAGAAUUUGCAGGCUCUUUCUCUCUCUAACAACAACUUUUCAGGGACCAUAAACCCGGAGCUGGCUCGCAUCGAAAGCUUGAGGAGACUGAAUCUCAGUCGAAACAGUCUAUCUGGUUCCAUUCCACCAAGCCUUGGCAACAUGAGUUCAAUUCAAGUUUUGGACUUCUCCGAGAAUUCUCUCUCUGGAACAAUCCCCGAUUAUGUCUUCAAUAACUGUUUCUCUCUCCGUUUUGUUAAUUUGGGGGGUAACUCUUUUGAGGGGAGCCUCCCUUACACAUUGUCAAAAUGCAUGUUCUUGGGUGGGUUAAAUCUCUCUUCAAAUCAUCUCCAAGGUGACCCUGACUUUGUUAAUGGAAUCUGGUUAUUGAAGAGGCUUAGAGUUUUGGAUCUCUCUAACAAUGGCUUCUCAGGCCCUGUUCCAGAAGGUGUUGCAGGCCUUCACAACCUCAAAGAGCUACAUUUACAGGGAAAUUUAUUCUCUGGUAGCUUACCCUUAGACAUUGGUUUUUGCAUCCAUUUGAUGCACUUGGAUUUCAGCAAUAACAUUUUUAGUGGGGCUCUUCCGUCCUCUUUCCAAAGCCUCACUUCUCUCUCUUACCUCAGCUUAGCUGGGAAUAACUUGAUGGGGGAGCUUCCUCCAUGGAUUGGUAACAUGAAGAGCCUUCAAUACUUGGAUUUUUCGAGCAAUGGCUUCAAGGGCAUUCUUCCUGAUUCAUUGGGCAACCUUAAAUUAUUGAGCUAUCUCAGUUUGUCUCAUAACAGCUUAUCUGGUUCGAUUCCUGAGUCUCUAGCCAAGUGUGACAGGCUUUCAGAGAUACGUUUUAGAGAUAAUUUGUUCAAUGGGACUAUGGCCCUUCUUCCGUUUGAGUCCCUUCAAGUGCUUGAUCUCUCUAAAAACGACCUUAGAGGAAGCAUUCCACCUGAAAUAAUAUUCUGUUCUAACUUGACUUAUUUCAACUUGUCUUGGAAUAGUUUGGAUUCAAGAAUACCACCAGAGCUUGGAGAUUUGCAUAUGUUAUCAGAAUUGGAUCUUCGCUAUAGUGGCCUUCAUGGUUCGAUUGCUGAAAAUUUAUGCAGCUCCAAAAGCCUCUCGGUCCUAGCAUUGGAUGGUAAUUCCCUGAGUGGCCCAAUACCACAAGAGAUUGGAAGUUGUUCGAACCUUUACGUUCUGAGCUUAUCAAACAAUAGCUUAAAUGGUUCAAUUCCAUCAUCACUGUUGAAGUUGCAGAAGCUUGAGGUCCUCAACAUGGCCCUUAACAAACUAAGUGGAGAGAUACCACAAGAACUUGGAGGCCUAGAGAGCCUCGUAGCUGUGAACCUUUCUUAUAACCAACUAACCGGCAGGCUCCCAAGUGGAGGCAUAUUCCAGAGCCUAGACCAGAGUUCACUAGAGGGAAAUCUUGGCAUUUGCUCUCCAAUCUUGAAUGACCAACCCUGCAAAAUGAAUACCCCAAAACCAUUAGUUCUCGACCCCAAUGCUUAUGAUGGAGUAGCAGGCACCAUAGUUCCAGAUCUGAGGAAUUCUGGUAAAUCAAAGCGUAAAGAAUUUCUCAGUGUCUCAGCCAUCAUAGCGAUAUCUGCUGCUUCUCUCAUAAUUCUCGGAGUUUUGGUCGUGACCCUUCUGAAUGUUUCGGCUCAAAGGAGGGCCCCAAACAACAUACCCAUUGAUUCUCUGUCGUCUGGUGGUUCCAAGUGCUCUAAUCAAGCCAUGGGUAGGCUCGUUAUGUUUGAGGCAGGGUCUGAAGACUGGGUUAACAAUGCUCAGUCACUCUUGAACAAGGCCUCAGAAGUGGGUCGAGGAGCUUUUGGAACACUCUAUAAAGCAACAGUAGGAGAGGGAAGAGUUGUUGCCAUUAAAAGACUUCCCUCUUCAAAUCUAUCAUUAUCAGAGGAGGAUUUCGAUAAUGAGGUUCGAAACCUUGCGAGAGCUCGGCACCCCAAUUUGGUCGGCCUCAAGGGUUACUACUGGGCCCCACAGUUGCAGCUGCUAAUUUCUGAAUUUGUUCCUGGAGGAAGCCUCCAUGAGAGGCUUUUUUCCGGCAAAAGCCCAUCUCUUUCAUGGGCUAUUCGGUUCAAGAUAGCCCUAGGAGUAGCAAAAAGCUUGGCUCAUCUCCACCAUGCCUGUCGCCCAACAAUUGUCCAUUAUGGUCUCAAGCCUAGCAAUGUUUUGCUUGAUGCAAAUUGCAUCCCAAAACUAUCUGACUAUGGGCUUGUGAGGCUUUUCUCGAGUCUAGGCAAACGUGGGCUUAGCAUGAGCCCAGGUUAUAUGGCUCCUGAGCUCACUUGUGGGAGCUUGUGCGUCAACGAAAAGUGUGAUGUGUAUAGUUUUGGUGUGUUAUUGCUUGAGAUAGUGAGUGGAAGGAGGGCUGUCGAGUACAGAGAGGACGAUAUGGUUAUGCUUUGUGAGGAUGUGAGGUCUAUGGUAGAAAGAGGAAGGGGAUUAGAAUGUGUUGAUAUGAAAAUGGAGGAAUAUGCCGAGGAGGAGGUGGUGCCAUUGUUGAGGCUUGGACUUGUUUGCACAUCUCAGGUGCCUUCGAGUAGGCCUUCGAUGGCAGAGGUGGUUCAAAUAUUGCAGGUGAUCAAGACCCCAGUUCCUGAGAGAAUGGAAGUCUUCUGAGAAUGUAUAUCAACUCUGCUUGGUGAUAAUGCCUUUCUCUCCCUCUCUGUCUGUCCUUCUCUAAUUCAUUUCGAGUUUUCUAGUGUAAAUUUUUAUGUACUGCAUCUCUAUUUUUUGUGUCCUUCAUUGCGCUCUCUCUCUCUCUCUGCGCUCUCUCUCUCUCUCUCUCUCUCUGAUCACAUUAUUUGUAGUGGUGGUGGACUUACUGUAAUGGCGAAAGAUUUUAAGAACCUGCAUUUUAAAUUGUUAGUGGAA